AUGGCGCCCCCAGGGCCAUCUCAGAAGCGGCGGCGUUCCUCGGGGCCCUCCCAAAGUGCAAAACAACUGAACUCCAGGGGCCGUACAGGGCAGCGCUCCCUGGGGCCUCCUAUUUACCCUGGACAGGUGGCAGUUUCCAGGGGCAUUCCCAGGGCAACGGCACCCAGUGCCAGUAGCGCCCCGGAGCCCUCUCAGGGACAACUAUGCUCUGAGGGGCCCCUGCUAGGGAUAUGCCCUCGGGGGCAACGUUCCCAUGGGCCCUCCCAUUUGCCCUACCAGGUGCGGCGCCCUAAGGGGCCCUCGCAGGAACGUCGGCGCACCCAGUGGCCGUCCCAGGGGCGGCGACGCCCCCAAGGACCCUCCCUAGGGAAGGUGCGGCUACCCGGAGCCCUCUCAGGAGCAAUGCCCUCCGGGGGUAACGCUCCCAUGGGCCCUCCCAUUUGCCCUACCAGGUGCGGCGCCCUAAGGGGCCCUCGCAGGAACGUCGGCGCACCCAGUGGCCGUCCCAGGGGCAGCGACGCCCCCAAGGACCCUCCCUAG